CCAGUCCUAUAAGCUACCGCUUCACAAAAGUGUACAAUGAUAGAAACCGAAAAGUGUCGUGGAAAGAAAACACCGUCCGGUGGCGGCCCUGACAGGACCCUCAGAAUAGAGGCACCAGGUCUGCUCAAGUCAGCUAUCCUUUACACAUUUUGGGAAUACACGGAGCGGACCAAGGUGAGCGGCAUGUGGCUUCUGCGACGGAACCGCACCCGUGGCUUGUCCAGAUUCAUCUGGUCAUCGGUGCUGCUGCAGCUCCUCUUGCUGAGUAUCUACCUAACCCUGUUGCUGUGGCUGAAGUUCUACUCCUACCCCAUACUGAACACGAUUUCCAACGACCUUUCUAUCACGGACGUGGCCUUUCCGGGCGUGACCAUUUGCAGUCCUAAGGUUGUCAACACAGAGAGGGUGGAGCGGUACGUGAGAACGCUCCAGAUACCCAAAGAGUAUGAUAUAGCAGAGGUGGCUGCCGGCUUUGAGUUCCUAAAUGCAUUCACGGAUCAGAGCUUUGAGCCGCCUCCCCACGAGAGCUUCCGCGUGACAGACACCGUUUUGCGGCUGAACAACGUGUCCACCUGGGAGGCGGCCAUGGCUGUCAGCCCGGGAUGCUCUGACUACGUGAAGCGCUGCUUCUGGGGCCACUCCGAGUUCCAGUGCAACCAGAGCCAUGAAUACCUAUCGUUCAUACCCACGACAGCCUACCUCGGGCCCUGCUGCUCCUUCAACUACAACCCGCGAAACGCCAGCUUCGUGCCCUUCUCCGCCAAUAUUUUUGGCAUGGAUGGGGGACUAACUUUCGUGGGAGCCGAGGGUAGCGAGAGGAACCUCAAUACUGGUCUCAUCGUGCUGGUGCACCAUCCAAUGGACUAUGUCACCGAGUCGGCAGCGUCCGUAACGAUCACCGCCAGGUCGGAAAGCUUUGUGGAGGUGUCGCCAACGGUGCAGAGCUCCUCGGCGGAAGUGCUCGAGCUGUCGGAACGGAAGCGGGACUGUCUGAUUUCGGACGAUCUGCGGCUGCGUAACUACCGUCAAGCCGCCUGCCUGCUGGCGUGCCAGACAGACGCCAUCGUGCAGAAGUGCGGCUGCCACCCCUACCUCCUACCUAUUGUAGGCAACAAGUUUAAGGAGUGCAAUCUUAAUGACACCUUCUGCUACUCGGAGAACUAUGACAAUUUCAAGAGUGUUCGCUGCGACCAGUGUUUACCCAAUUGCUACGACGUAACAUAUUCCACUCUCUCGUAUAGGACGGACCUUAACCAGCACCAGUUUUCCGUUAGCCGCUUUUACUCGCCGGAACUGCUUAACAAUGACAGCUUCGUGCUCCGGGUCUACCUGGCGAAACAAGUCGUCCCGGUUAUCCGAAAAGUCACAGUGAUGUCUUGGGUCGGACUGCUAUCGGACCUGGGCGGCAUUUUUAAUCUCUGCUUGGGCUUGAGCAUGAUAUCCGUGGUUGAGUUCUUCUACUACUGCACCUAUCGGCUAUACCUCAACUAUCAGCAUCAAAAGGCUCAGUUGCCACGACAGGCUUGGCAAUAGGUCAACUCAUAAGCUCUGGAUGUAUGCUUAACU